AUGACCCAGCUGUGUAUUUACAUCAGGUUAUUGGGAGCCUGUCUGCUCAUCAUUUCUCAUGUUCAAGGGCAGAAUCUAGACAGCAUGCUCCACGGUACAGGAAUGAAGUCAGAAUCUGACCAGAAAAAGCCAGAAAAUGGAGUAACGUUAGCACCGGAAGAUACUUUGCCUUUUCUUAAGUGCUACUGCUCAGGACAUUGUCCUGAUGAUGCUGUUAAUAACACCUGCAUAACUAAUGGACAUUGUUUUGCCAUCAUAGAAGAAGAUGACCAAGGAGAAACCACAUUAGCUUCCGGGUGUAUGAAAUAUGAAGGAUCUGAUUUUCAGUGCAAGGAUUCACCAAAAGCCCAGCUACGAAGGACAAUAGAAUGUUGUCGGACCAAUUUAUGUAACCAGUAUUUGCAACCUACACUGCCCCCUGUUAUAGGUCAAUUUUUCAGCAUCCGGUGGCUGGUUGUGCUCAUUUCUAUGGCUGUCUGCAUUGUUGCUAUGAUCAUCAUCUUCAGCUGCUUUUGUUACAAGCAUUAUUGCAAGAGCAUCUCAAAUAGGCGUCGUUAUAAUCGUGAUUUGGAACAGGAUGAAGCCUUUAUUCCAGUUGGAGAAUCACUAAAAGACCUUAUUGACCAGUCGCAAAGUUCUGGUAGUGGAUCCGGACUACCUUUAUUGGUUCAGCGAACUAUUGCUAAACAGAUUCAGAUGGUUCGGCAAGUUGGUAAAGGUCGGUAUGGAGAAGUAUGGAUGGGUAAAUGGCGUGGUGAAAAGGUGGCAGUCAAAGUGUUUUUUACCACUGAAGAAGCUAGCUGGUUUCGAGAGACUGAAAUCUACCAAACCGUACUUAUGCGCCAUGAGAACAUCCUGGGUUUUAUAGCAGCGGACAUUAAAGGAACAGGCUCCUGGACUCAGCUUUAUUUGAUCACUGAUUACCAUGAAAACGGAUCUCUUUAUGACUUCCUCAAGUGUGCAACACUGGACACAAGAGCUCUGCUCAAGCUGGCUUACUCAGCUGCCUGCGGCCUUUGCCAUCUCCACACAGAGAUUUACGGCACCCAAGGCAAGCCUGCAAUAGCUCAUCGAGACCUAAAAAGCAAAAACAUCCUCAUCAAGAAAAACGGAAGUUGUUGUAUUGCUGACCUGGGCCUUGCUGUUAAAUUCAACAGUGAUACAAAUGAAGUUGAUGUGCCCUUGAAUACCAGAGUGGGUACCAAACGUUAUAUGGCUCCAGAAGUGUUAGAUGAAAGCCUGAAUAAAAACCAUUUUCAGCCAUAUAUAAUGGCUGACAUCUACAGCUUUGGCCUCAUCAUUUGGGAAAUGGCUCGCCGUUGUGUCACAGGAGGCAUUGUGGAGGAGUACCAGUUGCCAUAUUACAACAUGGUGCCCAGUGAUCCUUCAUACGAAGAUAUGCGGGAGGUUGUGUGCGUCAAACGAUUGCGUCCAAUUGUUUCUAAUCGAUGGAACAGUGAUGAGUGCCUGCGAGCCGUUUUGAAGCUGAUGUCGGAAUGCUGGGCCCAUAAUCCAGCUUCUAGACUUACAGCGUUGAGAAUCAAGAAAACACUUGCCAAGAUGGUUGAAUCCCAAGAUGUAAAAAUCUGA